AGAAAUCUGCCAGCGGUGUGUGGCUACAGGUGUAACAUCCGCAGUGUUUUUUACGGAACACAAAGUGUCUUGUAACACACAAGUGCUGCUUCUUCACCUGGAAAACUCGUGGAUUAACUUUUGUUUUUUGGACAGAUUAUCAUUUUAAAGAAGAUAAACAUGAAUUUGGAGAUCCGCAUUUCUCUGUUUCUGCUAGUUUGUGGUUUGAGCUCGACCUUGGCGCAGACUAACAUAACGUGCGAGAGCAAGAUCAAUACGAACUGCGAGGAUUGUUUGACUAACGUGUCGUGUCUGUGGUGUAUCUCGUCGAAGUCAUGUCUCACCUACCCUUACCGUACCAUCCUGCCUCCCAGUUCCCUGUGUCCACUGAACGAUGCCCGCUGGGGACAGUGCACGAUAAACUUCCAGACUCUGAUCAUUACGCUGUCAGUGCUGGGCGCCAUCAUCCUCAUCGCCUUCCUCAUCUGCCUCUUCCGCUGCUGCAAGUGUGAGAACUGUGGAAACUCCAUCCAAGAGCGCAAGAUGCAGCAGAAGGCAGACAAGAGGACAGCCGCACAGGAGCAGCGGCGAGCUGAGAUGAAGGCCAGACACGAUGAGAUUCGGCAGAAAUACGGUCUCAGCAGAGGAAGCGCUUAUGCCAAGUUUGACAAUCCGGCUUAAACAGACCCAGUGUUCCCCAUCCCACAGCAAUCCCUGAACUUUUCAUGUCUUCUCCUUCGAACCUGAAAGCUGCACUUUAACACUGUCUGAUGAUUUGCUUUACCUGAUGUUCGAUUGCUCAAUAACACAGCUUACUGGACGACAUUAACUUCUGAACUCCUGAAAAUAAACUAAAUCUCCUUUCCACACCAGCUUUCUGCAAACCGGAGUGGAUUUUAUUUAUGUAGGUCAACGUGGAGGUCAUGUUUUUAGCGUAAAGACUCUUGUACUGUUGUCAUUUGACUGGUAAAAAGGUACCAAAAAAAAAAAAAAGAAUUAAAUUCUUUUUAUACAAA